UACCGAAACUUUAUAUCUGAAGUGUACUUUAUCGAAUCGUGGGUAUUAUCAGCGGUGUUGUGUUCUUUGAACAAUAGUCGCUGGGUCACUCUGUUUGUACUUUUAAGUAUUCUUUUCACAUUUCAUUUGAAGAAAGUGACGAAAUUAGUUCAGUGCUCGUUUGUUUCAAUUAAAUUGGAGUUUUGAAUAAAAGAAAACAACAAAUUCCAUCCGAUCGAUAAAGCUGUUGGAGAGUUAAUUGGACAGCUAAAGAAAAUCAGCCAAAAUGGUUGACAUCGGUUUGAGUUUUGCGAAAUAUAUUGUAUUCAUUUUCAAUUUUUUAUUCGCCUUGGUCGGUCUCUGUAUGGGCGCUGUUGGCGUUAUAAUCAAAACCAAAUUGGUUCAUUUUGAAGCUUUUACGAAUCAGGUUCUAUCAGCUUUUCCAGUGGUUCUAAUUGUAUUUGGUUGUGUGAUAUUCCUUAUCGCAUUCCUUGGCUGUUGCGGAUCGGUCUCAGAAAACACGUGCUGUUUAUUCGGUUUUUCAGUCAUACUGAUCAUGAUUAUUUUGUUUGAAGUCGGAAUCAGUAUUUUUGCCUAUGAGAAGAAAGAUCAACUGGACAGCUUUGUGGAAAACAGCCUUCGCGACACGCUCCGAAAUAUUAAAGAUGACUCAACAUUAUAUCCACCGUGGCAUUUACUGCAGUAUGAAUUCAAUUGCUGUGGCAUCAAUAGCCCAGACGAUUGGAAAGCUGUGAAUGAUACAAUCUAUUUGCCGCCAUCAUGCUGUCACCUGAAUAUUGACGAUCAAACAACGUGUCUUAAGGAUCAAGCUUCAAAGCUUGGCUGCAAAAAAGCCCUGAUCGAUUUCUUACACGAUCACAUAGUGUAUUUGGUUGGCAUUGGAGCCGGAAUAAUAGUUUUUCAAUUAUUCGGCGUUGUAUUUUCUUGCUGCUUAUUCUCAGUGUUCCGGAAGAAUUGAUAAAAUACUCAAAUAUUUGUCCAACUGCGGCCAUAAUACAAAUGAGAUUCUAUAUUUUGAUAAUAAUGGUUCAAAGCAAUGAAACGAAUCAAGAAAAAAAGAAAUACAAGAUCUACUAACAACUAAAAAUAAUCAACAAAAGUAACAAGUCACAACGAAAACAAUAACAAAGGCUAACCAACUGACAACAAACAAUACAACAAAAAUUGACACAAAUAAAUCUGAACGUAAUUGUGAUCGAAAUAUAAUGACUAAUCAUAUAUUGUAAAAAAACCGCUUUUUGUCAAUAAAGUGAUUGUGAUUCUGAUUUAUUUAUUCACGAA